AUGUCUAUGCCAUUGAGAAUUGAGAUCACGCUGAGAGAAACCAUCAAACCAUCCUCUCCAACGCCCCCUGAUCUUAGAAGCCUCAAGCUCUCUCUUCUGGAUCAGUUCAUGCCAAUAUGUUACAUUCCACUUCUACUAUUUUACUCCAGGAAUGGAAACGACACAGAUCACCUUGACAAAGCCACAGAAAGGUCACUUCUACUAAAGUCCUCACUGUCUGAAGCCUUGACUCGUUUUUAUCCAUUCGCAGGCAGACUUAAAGACAAUUCGUCCAUCGAGUGUGAUGACCAUGGGGCUGGAUAUAUUGAGGCUCGAAUCCGUUGUAUUCUCUCUGACAUUCUCAAAACGCCUGACACCAAAGUGCUAGACCAACUCCUGCCUGUAGCGAUAAGUGAUGCAGCCAUGGCCAGGGAUAGUCAGUUACUUGUCCAAGUUAAUUUCUUUGAUUGUGGUGGCGUGGCAAUUGGGGUGUGUCUUUCUCACAAGAUUGCAGAUGCAGCCACGUUAACAUCAUUCAUCAAGUGCUGGGCCGCAACCGCUCUCAGCACAAGUACUGAUCAGUUAGUGAUCAGUCCAGUGUUCAUGGGUGGUGCUAUUUUCCCACAAAUGGACUUACCAAUCCCAAUGCUUCCAGUGGAUUUGAUUCAAGGAGAGUCGGUCACGAAAAGGUUUGUGUUUGAUGCCUCCAAAAUUACUGCGCUCAAGGCUAAAGCCGCCAGUGAAAGCGUACCAGAGCCAACACGGGUGGAAUCGGUGACAGCGUUUAUCUGGAAAUGUGCAAUGAGCGCGUCACGGUCAACCAUGGGGGUUCCCAGAAAAUCUGCGUUGUCUCUUGGCGUGGAUAUGCGUAAGAGGCUUGUGCCACCCCUACCAGAAUAUUACGGUGGGAACUACGUAGGGAGUAUAUCACCACGGACGGAGGAUCACGAUGGGUUAGAAUUGCAAGGUAUAGUGGACCGUAUAAGGAAAGAUCUUCAAGAAUUUGGUAAAAUUUGUGCAAAAAUAACCGAAGGGGAUCGUGCGUCGUUAACAAUUUGCAAGAUUGUAGAAGAGUUUGGAAAGAUGGCGAUGAGUAAAGAUAUUGACUACUAUAACUGUACCAGUUGGUGUAAAUUUGAACUUUAUGAUGCUGAUUUCGGAUGGGGAAAACCAACAUGGUUGAGUAAUGCUGUUACUACAAGACUAAAAAAUAUUGUUUGUUUAAUCGAUACCAGGGAUGGCGAUGGAAUAGAAGCGUGGGUAAUCUUGAGUCCAGAAGACAUGGCGUUGUUCGGAUCUAACAAGGAGCUGCUUGAAUUUGCUGCUGAAAAUCCUUGUGUAUCAGUUUAG